AGGGCCCGCGUCCCAGUUCGGAAGGAGGCGUGGGCAUGUAGCCUGCUGGGGACUUAGCAGCUGGGGGCUGGCGCCGCUUCCAAGGCGCCCCGUGGGCUCCGUGGGGGCACGGCCCGGCGCAGCGCUGAUGGCCCUGCUCCCGCGGCCCGCGCUCGCUCUCCUGCUACUCCUCUUCCUGCCCGCACCUCUCAGGUGCCAGGAGCAGGCCCAGACCACCGACUGGAGGGCCACCCUGAAGACCAUCCGGAACGGCGUUCACAAGAUAGACACGUACCUGAACGCCGCCUUGGACCUCCUGGGAGGCGAGGACGGGCUCUGCCAGUAUAAGUGCAAUGACGGAUCUAAGCCUUUCCCACGUUAUGGGUAUAAACCCUCCCCGCCGAAUGGAUGUGGCUCUCCACUGUUUGGUGUUCACCUCAAUAUUGGCAUCCCUUCCCUGACAAAGUGCUGCAACCAGCACGACAGGUGCUACGAGACCUGUGGCAAAAGCAAGAAUGACUGUGAUGAGGAAUUCCAGUAUUGCCUCUCUAAGAUCUGCCGGAACGUGCAGAAGACACUCGGGCUGGCUCAGCAUGUUCAGGCGUGUGAAACAGCAGUGGAGCUCUUGUUUGAUAGUGUUAUACAUUUAGGCUGCAAACCAUACCUGGACAGCCAACGAGCCGCAUGUAGGUGCCGCUAUGAAGAAAAAAGUGAUCUUUAAAGAAGAUGCUGACAGGCGGUGACAGCAGAAGGGGACAGAAGAAUCUAACCUUUGACAAAGAAAUAACGUUUUACAGCAUAAAGCUGCCUUACUUUUGUGAAAGGAUUAUUUUAAGAUUUAUUUUGACAUUCAAACUAAAGCAAAAAGUGGGGGAGGUGAUCUUCCUGGACAUUGCUGCCUUAGUGUGCCAAGUUGUCUUGACCGAUCUCAGAAAAAGGUGUGUGUUAAGGGGAGAAUAUUUUAAAAGAAGCAGUCUGUAACUCAGUUUUCACAACUGUGUUUACCAAAACAAUGAAGUCACAUGUAAAAUGGAUUACAAUGUGUGUUUAGCAUUAUCUUAUUUGAAAAUACGGGGAAAUCUUCACUUAGAAAUAUAUGUUUAUUACAAAAUUUUAACUAUACAUUUUAUGCUUGGAAGGAUCUGACUUUAUUUUUCUCUAUUUUAAUUAACACAUGAUAUGCUGUUUUCUUGUAGCCCAUUGAGCAUAUGAAUAAGUCUCACUUCUAUUAUUUUAUUUUAAUAUAAUUUAUUGUCAAAUGAUAGCUAACAUACAGUGUGUAAAGUGUGCUCUUGGUUUUUGGGGUAGAUUCCCGUGGUUCAUCACUUAACAUACAAUACCCAGUGCUCAUCCCAAGUGCCCUCCUCAAUGCCCAUCACUAUUUCCCCCUCUCCCCCACCUCCCCCAUCCACCCUCAGUUUGUUCUCUGUAUUUAAGAGUCUCUUAUGGUUUGCCUCCCUCCCUCUCUGUCGGUAACUAUUUUUCCCCUCUUCCCUUCCCCCAUGGUCUUCUGUUAAGUUUCUCAAGAUCCACAUAUGAGAAGUCUCACUUCUAUUAAUGACAAGACUGGUUACAAGGACAAGGUUUCCAUGUCUCUUUUUCUUGUAAAAUUGGUGGCCUCUUGGGGAGCAAAACCAGGAUAACUAAGUAUUAUGUAAUGUGCCUAGAAGGUGACAUAAACAAAAUUCAGAUGCCCAGCCACUCCCAUUUUAUGAACUAUUCAUAUGAGAAAUACCAUAUUUUGCUAUAACCUUUGGCUAAAUUGAAGAAAACACGAAUUUAAUGAGACAAAUGAAAAGGUGCUUCACAUACACAUUAGAGCAUUAUAUGCUGCCCUGCUUUGGUGUUUAUUCCUUAGCACUUGGUCCUCAUAGUAGAUUCAGGUGUAUUUUUAAGACGGUAACCUUUUCCUAAUAGCAGUCUUAUUACUAAACAUUGUUUUUGAAAAAAAUUUUUUAAGUCUUUAACUGUGGAGUCAAAACAGAUGGUAAAGCAAGAUACAAAGAGCUAUCUUUUGUAGAUUUCUUAUUUACAUUGAAAAUUAUUAGCAGAUGUUUAAAAGCAAAUCCCAGACCCUUAACUACCUCUGAAAAUGUCUGUGUGUGUUGAAAGCUUUCUACCCUUUGGAAAGCCCAGCUGUAUUCCUCUAUGCCUCUUUGCUUACCACCGGCUGUUGACUCUCCCUAGCCUACGAUCCCAAGCCAUACAUAACUUUUGGGUAACCUAUGGUCAGAGUUAUUAAGAUGAACUGCUUGGAAUGUCAGAGAAGGCAGCUCCAGGAGAAGUGGUUCUUUUUAAGUCAUUACAGGCAGAAGUGGGCAGAAAGAAAAGUAUGUUCUAGAGAAAGGGCCACAUUCCUAACUUUGGAUAUAUAUCAUCGCUGGGAACCUGAUAACUUCCCAAACCGAGCUGGUGGAGCUAUUCUGCUAAGAGAUGUGUUCUCUGUGAGACAGGGCAAGUGUAUCCCUUGUGACUAAUGGAGCAAACUGGGGUCUAACUUAAAUGUUUGGAACCCUUAAUUGAUACUUUCCAGACUUUUUAAAAAGCAGCAAUUUUAUAAGCUCUCUAUCAAUAUUUACUAUUGAAAUACUUGACCAGGUAACUUUUAAACUUAUAAUAAAUUGAUGGGUUUUCUUGGCAGCAUUGGUUUCUCAAGAGGACAGACUCAGAAUUCUAUAAAAUAUUUAAUUCAUGGUCAUAAAUUAUACACAAAGAUCAGUAGAAACUAUUUUUACAUGUUAAGAUUUUGAUCUCGGAAUAAUUUUAAGAUUUACAGAAAAGUUGCUAAAAUAAUCUAGACUUGCUCUGUACUCCUUACCCCUAACAUUUUACAUAACCAUGAAACAUUUGUUAAGAAAUCAACUCUAGACUUCAUUUGGAUUGCAUUGGUUUUUCCACUAAUGUCAUUUUUAUUUUCCAUGAUCCAAUCUAAGAUACCACAUUGCAUUUAGUCAUCAUGUCUGAUAAACCUCUGGUCUGUGACGGUUCCCUCAGGCUUGUUUUUCAUAAUCUUGACGGUUUUGAGGAGUACUGGUCAGUAUUUUGCAGAAUGCCCCUCAAUUUGAGCUUGUCUGAUGUUUCCCUCAUAAUUGCACUGGGGUUAUGGAUAUUUAGGAAGAAAACCACAAAGGUGAAGAAGGGUUCUUCUCAUCAAAUCAUAUCAGUAAUUGAAUGUUAUCAACUUGAUGGUAUGUUAACUCUGGACACUUCUUAUUUUUUUCUUUCCAUACUUCUGUUCUUUGGAAGUCAGCCCCCAGGUCAGUCUGUGGUGAGUCUAUGAUGAGCGGGCAAGAUUCUGUUCCACCUUCUGGAAGGGGGAGUAUCUUUAUGUGGUACUUGGAAUUUUUCUGUAAGAAAAAUUUGUCCCCUCCCACCUCAAUUAUUAUUAUUUUUUUACAUUUAUUUAUUUUUGAGGGAGAGAGAGACAGAGCAUGAGCAGGGAAGGGGCAGAGAGAGAAGGAGACACAGAA